AUGAAUACGAACGACAAUGAUGCAACGGAGUCUUCGGCCGUGAAGGUGCCGGCCUGCGUUCCUGAGGCCUUCGCCGACGUCUUCAAGCCCAUGAACUCACAGAGUGAUGCCAGCAAGUUCAAUGUCCUCGCGGCAACCGAGGUUAUCAAGGCGGGCAUUCUUUGGACCGACAUCAGCGAGGGCCUGGCACCCCGGAACGACACCCCUGCUACGACACCGAUUCAUAUCAAGACCAUCAUAACGCACUGGAUGACUGUACUGUGCCAUAUCAAGACCAUUGGCAAGGGCAACCUCCUAUCCCUAAAGAGGAACAGCACGGCACGGAAGGAGGUCGAAGCAGCUCUCCUUAAAAGCAUGAAAACGUGCAUGCAGAAUUACCAAGGCGUGUCAGUUCCCGACAUGUACGAUGGCUGA